UCCCGAUACGCCUGCCAGAGAGUGUGGUGAGUCGACAACAACAGACCUCACCUGAAGAAACUCAAGACCAGGUUGUUUCAAGAUGGUCAACCUUCGUUCCCAAAAACGCCUCGCAGCAUCCGUCGUUGGCGUCGGCCAACGUAAAAUCUGGCUUGACCCCGCAGAACAAUCUGAAAUCGGCAACGCCAACUCCCGUACUCAUGUCAAAAAACUUAUCAAGGAUGGCCGUAUCAUCGUCAAACCCGCUACCGUCCACUCCCGUGCUCGUACCAGGGAUCUUCUCGCUGCCAAGCGCAAGGGAAGGCACACUGGACCCGGUAAGAGGAAGGGUACUGCUGAGGCCAGAAUGCCCACCAAGGUUCAGUGGAUGAGGAGACAGCGAGUCUUGAGGAGAUUGUUGAGGAAGUACAGAGAGGCCGGAAAGAUCGACAAGCACUUGUACCACUCCCUCUACCAGAAAUCCAAGGGUAACGUUUUCAAGAACAAGCGUGUCCUGAUGGAAUAUAUCCACAAGGCCAAGGCCGAGAAGACCCGUACGAAGAUUCUCUCAGACCAAAUGGAGGCCAGACGUGUCAGGAACAAGGCCGCCAGAGAACGUCGUGCUGCCCGCAUUGCCGAGAAGCGACAGGGUAUCCAUGCUGUCGAGACCGAAGCUGCCGUCCAGACAUGAUUUACUCGCCCCUCCGGUCUCUCAACUUAGUUUUUGGUGCCAUUGUUCAGUCGGUAUUGGAAGUAGCUAUACUGGCUGGAAAGUGUCUAUCUACUAGCUCCCUCACGCCUCGUAUAUGUCCGUAUUACUGCCCUCCAUGCAACAGUGUAUGCUAUCGUCUACUUGAAAAUCAAAUUCCCCGGGUACACCAG